UUGGCAAUACUGAAAGAAUUAGUUUACGUAAAAAUGGCGAAUGACAGAAGUGAGGUUAUGUUUAAUUAAAAAAGCUCCAGAAUCUUUCUAAUUAUUGACAAAAAAAAAUAUAUCUCAUUGGAAAAAAAAUAUUAUAAGAGUAAUUAAAAAAAUCUGAGAAAAAUGGCUCUACGAACAUAUGGCGACAAGCCAAUUAGUUUUCAAGUCGAGGAAAAUGGAGAAUAUUAUUGCAUUGGUUCCGAAGUGGGAAAUUAUCUACGAUUAUUUCGUGGUUCAUUAUAUAAACGCUAUCCUGGAAUGUUUAGAAGAUCAAUUACAAAUGACGAGAGGAAGAAAUUAGUGGAACUUGGUUUAAGUCAACAUGUUCUGGCUUCGAGUGUUUCACUUUUAAGAGCAAGCGAAGUCGAGGAUAUUAUCGAGGGAAAUGAUGAGAAAUAUAAAGCAGUUUCGGUUCAUUCAUCAGAACCGCCAGCACCACGUGAGGGAAAAUCGAAAAAAUCAAUGGCAUGGGUUCCCAGUUUACCGAAUAGUUCACAUUUGGAUGCAGUACCACAAGCUACACCCAUUAAUCGCAAUAGAGUUCAUAAUAAAAAAGUUCGCACUUUUCCACUUUGUUUUGACGAUACAGAUCCAUCGGCUAAUUUAGAGAAUGCAGCCCAACAGGAAAUGCUCGUUCCAAUUCGUUUGGAUAUGGAAAUCGAGGGACAAAAAUUACGUGACACAUUCACGUGGAAUAAAAAUGAAAGUUUAAUAACACCGGAACAAUUUGCUGAAGUUUUGUGUGACGAUUUGGACCUGAAUCCAUUGACAUUCGUGCCGGCGAUUGCUCAAGCGAUUAGACAACAAAUAGACGCCUUUCCUCAGGAAAUAAUAUUGGAGGAUCAAUGCGAUCAGAGAGUUAUUAUCAAACUAAAUAUUCACGUGGGCAAUACAUCGUUAGUCGAUCAAGUUGAAUGGGACAUGUCGGAGAGGGAGAAUAAUCCAGAGAAAUUUGCAAUGAAACUUUGUGCCGAACUUGGACUUGGAGGGGAAUUCGUCACAGCCAUCGCUUACAGCGUACGGGGACAAUUAUCCUGGCACCAGAGGACAUACGCAUUUUCGGAAGCUCCACUACCUACAGUUGAAGUUCCCUUUAGAUCACCAUCGGAAGCUGAUCAAUGGGCUCCAUUCCUGGAGACCCUAACGGAUGCAGAAAUGGAGAAGAAAAUACGGGACCAAGAUCGAAAUACUCGACGAAUGAGACGAUUGGCCAAUACCACUCCAGUAUGGUAAAAAAAAAGAUACAUUUAAAUAAAUUUCAAUAAUUAAGUUCACGUAAAAUUUACUUCGUCACAACAAUUAUCUAUUGAUUUAUAAUAGAAAAUUGUAAGUUUGUACCUUUUGUGUAAGUAUAACUAACAUUUUUUAUGUAAAGAAAGUCAUUUGGAAAUAAAUCAUCUUCAACUAA